CACAGAUUCCGGUACCGAACGACGAGAUCUUUGAGAAAUAAUAGUGAAAAUAACAACACACGAUCUGAGACACAGCCGCAUCCAGAGGUCACGCUGCAUCCAGCCGCAUCAAGACAAAGCAGGAGUGAAGGUUGGGGAAAUGAAGCAACAACAAGACGACGUUCAAGACAUACCAGAACAAGAAUUAGAGGCAUUGACAAAAGAAGGUACAGUAUAGUGUAGGAAGAGACCUUGGAAUUACUUGUAGGGGAUCAUGGAAUUACUUACAGGGGCUGGUUGUAUAAAACUCUUAACUACUUUUUAACUAUACCCGUUUUGUAUAGUUAACUAAAUAGUGGUAACUUUAAUCACGUAGUAGGUUUUCUUCAAACACUGUCGCUUGGUUUUUCUGGCGAAAACAGAAUAUAGUUUUGCACAGGAAGAUUUCUUGAAGACGAAGUAGGCCCCCAUUAUUGCCAAACAGCUACAGUACAUGUUGGUUUAAAAAAUAACGGGAAAGUGCCUUUGCAUGCUUUAAAUUUUGCCUAUUUGAUUCUUGUUAAUUUUUCAAUGUUUUGAAUCAAAUUCCCGUCUACACGCGUAAAGACGCUCAGGUUGUUGCAAUAUUGAUGAAAACAGGAUUGAACAAUUUGUUUUGCUGCCCACAUUGUUCACAGUUGUCAACAGUAUUGAACAAUUUUGUUACACGCGAUUCAGGUUCAAUAUUGUUGACAAGUGUGAACAACGUGGGCAGCAAAAUAUUGUUCAAUCCUGUUAAACAGCGGGCUCAGCGUUUUUAGCCGUGUACUCUGUUUACACAAUGCAGUCCACAAUCCUGUUCAAAAUUCUUGCCAGCGGCACCACCCCACGCAAUCUCAACUUACGCGCAGUUAACUAGUACGCACAGUAAAUAGUUAACUAUAUCCUACUAAGUUAACUGACUACAGUUAAUAAAGUAGUUCACGCUAACUAUAGUUACUUUAAGUUUAACUACGUUUUUGUACAACCGCUCCCAGUGCAAUAUCUGUAUAAGAGCUUAAUCCAUUGGUCUCCCGUUUAAGAUGAUUUGGAUUGUUUUACCUUAUUUGAUGGUCAGGUUAAGAGUUAAGCAAGAGGAAAUCAAUUGUAUGCUUCAGCUAAAAUCUUAUUUUUAUAUUUCAUUCAGACAAGUUUAUUCUUUUAAUUUACGAGCAACAUCCAGUUUGGGACGUGGUAAACAACGAAGCCGAAGUAUCUGUAAGUAUCAAACAACGUUUUACCUUCAUAAACAAUUGUUUCAAGCAGUUGAAAGAGUGAACAAAAGUCACAACCCUUCAAAUUUUAUAUCUCUUACACUUCAUUACACUUAUUAUUACUUACUAUACUUACUUUAGAUUAUUACGCGAGGUCUGUACGGAGAAAUAUCGGACCGAGGUCUUUUUUUUGUACAGACCGAGCCCGUAUAGGGCGAGGUUUGUACAAAAAACAGAGAUCCGAUAUUUCUCUGUACAUAUAGAGCAAGCGAGAUUAAUAAAAAAGUUUAUUAUUUAUAUUUGUUUUAUAAUAUAGCACAAAGAAACAUAAAGAAAGAAAUUUUCCGACGUUUCCGUGUUGACAUUGAGUUAUAUCAACACGGCUCUUAGCCAAUCAGCGUUCAGAAUUUACAAAUGCUAUAUUAUAAAUUGCAUUUAUAGGCAUUUAUACUUGAAACAAACAAGAAAUGCAUGAUUUGAAGUGCGUAUUAGUAGAGUGGUACACAUUUGGUCGAAGAAAACAAAAAAUACCAAUGUAUUCCUCCUUUUCUACUAAAAACCAUUUGCAGAUAAUAUCUUAGAAAUAACAAAUUAAAUUAUGUAAUUUUCAAUUAGUUUUGCUGUUUUGUUUUAAAAUGCAUGCGUUUGUUUUUACGUAAUGUACGGCUGAAAGUGCUUUUCAGCUGAUCACAGUCAUUUCACCAGAAGUGAUGCUUGCCAUUAUAAUUCCUUGCUGUAUAGAUGAGUGAACUAAAAAUCGUAUCCUCACGGUGGACGAUAUUUUUCACAUGUGAAAUUUAUCGUAUUUGAUUCACUCGUGAAUUUAUUGCGCGUUUGCCCAAUGGCCUUGUUUCCAUUUUGCCUGUUUUAGCAUGGCAGUGCACAUGAAGGGUAUACUCCAUGUUCGUCUUUGAUCUUGAUGUCCCAUAUGGAAACGAGGCCAUUGUGGCAAAAUGGGGCAAAUGUGAAGCAAACAGUACAGUCAAUUGGCCCGACUUACAGUAUACUAGGGAACGAUGAUCCGCCUAAACAAAGAGAUGAUAAUCCGUUCAUCGUCAAUACGAAGGAUUAUAGUACGUACGACCAACUUCUAUUAGUCUUCUAGUCUUUCUAGAGUGUUUACAUGCAGGAUUGCAUGGUGCGAUAAUUCGUGUACUUACAUACCGGAGGUAACGCCAAUUUGGUGUAUCCGGAAAAAUUUCUUCAUAUUUAGGAAAAAAUCUGAUAUAUCCGGAAAUUUUUUGGUAUGUCCGGAAAAAUAUUUUGAGACCUCCCCCCCCCAGCCCCCCCCCCCCGUCUCCAACUUUUCCGGGGAAAAAAUUUUAGAUGCCCUUUUUUAUUCGGAAAGUGCCCCUCGAUGCCUGCCCCCCCAACUUUUAGAAGCUUCCUACGCCCCUGGUUACGCGGUACUCUUAUUAUCUGCGUACUUUCUUUUCAUUUGUACCAUUUGACCUUUCCAAGCCCAAGUUAUUCAAAACAUGCAUAAUUUACUAAUUAAAUUUAGUCCGAAUAUGUGCAAGUCUAGCAUGAGUUGGCUUUAGAUGUGAUUGGACUGAUAUGAUGAGAUGGCAACUAAGGAAUGUUAGAGUCGAUCGCAGUGUUUUUGUAUACUAUACUAGUUUCAGGUUACUGAAUGAAUACCUUCCAGAAACCUGUACACUAUGUACUUCAUCCUAAAGAUUUUAAGUACAUCUUGAGUCUUAAGUUUCUACUAGCUCACGUACGCGGCAAUAACCAUUGGAGCACCAGUCAGGUUGCGCUCUAAUGCGAUGAUGGCCGCCAGCUCGGAUGAUUCACAUCGUGUCUCUAGUAUAAAUGGGACCUGGUCCAGUAAUGAAAUUGUAGAUGUACGCCAAUCGGGUUAAUCUGAAACCAUGCAGGCUCGAUGCAAUAAUGCACAUGCCUAAUACAAUGAUCUACAAUUAACAUGUUAUUGUUAACGUAAACCAAUAACUAAAUCUAUUCAUCAUGUUUUGUUCCAGCUUCCCAGUUUUUUAAGACGUAUCAAGGCUGUACUCACCGUCUCAUACCUUGGCUUGCACGAGAUUUGACAGUUUUGUUGGGAAAUAAUGAGGAAGAAGUCAACUUCUUGAUGGAAUUUAUUCUUUCUCUAAUAACAAAGUACGUGCACCAUUGGUUAGCUUGACGUUUCAACGGUCUUUGAUAAAAAAUAGAGUGCCUGAGUGAGUAACUGAGUUAAAAAUUGUACGUGAUUAACCAACAAACGCCCAAUG